CUUAUUAAAUUCGUAGCAAAACCAGGAAUGGAUCAAACUGCUAUGCAAUGGGAGUCUUAUUUCCAUCCCAGUAGGUAUUGGGAUUAGCACUGGCUAUUAAAACUUCACAAAUAGCAUUAACCCAUUUUAGACAGGAUAAUCUCGUGUGCUUUUAAUCAGCUUUAUCUGUGAAAAUGGAUGAAUAUGUAUUCUCGCACGUGUUGCAUAAAUUGUAAUCUAUACAGUAUAUUGUAAAAUAAAGCCGUCUUUAAAUCCACGCACGACAAGAGAUAUUCAUAUGAACUAUUAUAGUAAAUGACGCGACCACAUCGAAUUUCCUGAACUCUUCUUUCUCGCAGACUUGCAAAUAUUUGUGGAAAACGUUCCGCAGUGUUGUUACAGUGUUUAUAAACAAUUAAAAAAACAGCUCCGGUUUUAGAACUGAGUUUCACACACACACACACACACACAAUGUUAUACAAUCUUUGAGCAUGGCCUUGGAUAUAACACUACUUAUUUCGACAGACCAGAUCCAGGUUGCGUUAUGGAACAGUUGAUAGCAGGGGCGUUAGUUGGGAAAAAAUAUAUAUUCUGUAUUCUUGGGGCGGAGUGUGAUAGAUAUAAAUGGAGCUGCAACGUGAUCUUUAGUGGCAUCAUAUAAAAAGAGCCUUUUUUAUCUGACCAAUUUCUGCAGCAUGCAUGCCUAUCCGUUCAUCAACACCUACUUAUAUAAAAAAAAAGGUUUUUAUCAAUUGUAAAUUUGCACAGCAGUUGAGUCGCGUCCCAUACUUCUCACCGUGCUUGUGCUGUGUAUGAGCUUUACAAAAUCCACAGUGAAUAAUAGAAAAGAGACAUACGAGGAUACUAAAGAAAAUGUCAUGUGAAUUACCUCUUGAAACACUCUUUUAAAAGUAUAAAGGUGACUAAUCUUCAGUAAAAUACAUCCAUGCGUUUUGCAGAGCAGUUGCUAUAGGAAUGUUGUUUGUUUCAGGUGUUGCUGAUUCGUCAGCAGGCUGCACUGAAAUGUUCUCAUGAUUUUUUUUUUUCUGUUUGAUUUUCUAAAUUCCAAAUUGCAUCAUUUUAAAACCGCACCCGAAAUUCUUAGAAGCAAGCUCGCUGAAUCGUUGCAUUUCACUUCCUCUGGGGUACCCAGCAAGUCGUUUGUUUGAUUUUCCAUUGCCUGGCUGCUAGCAACAUUCUGUAAGAGCCGUGUGCGUGUGCGUGUGCGUGUGCGUGUGUGUGGGGUGGGGGGGGGCUAGCCGUGAGGCUAGGUGUUGUUUUGCUCAGCUGUUAGUGAGCGGAAAAGGCAAGCACAGUGACUGGUGAAUCAAGGAUGACUUACGGCUCCCUUUGCAAUUUCAUUGGCCGACCCAAUCUAUAGUUACAAACAAGUGUCUUGACAGGUCUGAAGAUGCAUGGACACGAAAAUUCCGAACAUGCCAUUCCAGUGUAAGCGUCCUCAUUUAACCCCUUUUUACCUUGUUAAUGCUAGAUAUAACACUGAAGAGGCCCGUGCAUUGCCAUUAGCAGACCACAGCAUUGCCAGUAAUUACAGCACAAUGGCUCUGACAGCGAUCUUGCUGUUACCAGUGUGUCUGUCAGACCAUCAUGCUGUCAGUGGAAUGUCAAAAUAAGAACACAGCCCUGCUUCGGUAUCACUCCAUCAACGACUCAUAGUCCAGAGCGAUCCGACACGACGCCCUCCUGCCCCCUGAUUGCAAUCCCGAGGACAGAGCUGCAGGAUUAUCACUCCGGAGCCUUGCGGUGCAGGGGCGCUCCCGUGUACAGCAGCAGUGUCCUGUGUGCGCAUGAGCAGCAGACACUGGGAGCUGCUGACAUGCGCCGCAGCCCUGCAUGCUUAGUUUAAAGCUGAAAUAUUUCCUUUAGCCUCAGGAAAUCGUACUGAUUACCCGUGAACAAGUAGAGCUUAGAACAGUGAAUCUCCACAUCUAAUGAGAAUCAGGGCGAGGCAACUCCAGCUCUACCCUCCUGUGUGUGUCCGUGUGCCUCUUUGUGUUCAAUGUAAAAUCAUUCAUAAAAUAAACCACACGUAGCGUAGACCCUUGAUUUAAUAAUGCAGGCACAAGUCAUUCACGCCCAAUGGAGCCGGGAUGUAAACUAUCGUGUAACCUGGCGUGCUAUCAAAAGGUUGCUCUAGUGGGAAUAUUUGAAAGGCAUGUGUGCACAGCGCCACACUGUGGACCAGUGAGGUAUUCCCUCUGCGAGAAGUUGCUAGACUUCUUAAUAGAAGCAGCCAAGACGUCAUCUUUAAGCGAUUUACAAUAAUGCUUAAAAAACUACAAAUAACAAUGCAGAUUUGAAACGUAAGGGCUCCUAGUGUACCUAUACUGAUUCCACACAGCAAGGCUAUUUGAGUUCAGUUGAAGCGCUCAGAGAAACAGUCUCGCGUAUACAUGAAGUAUAUCAACGCUGCUUGACUCAAAUCCAGAUACAUUUAUAAAAACCCACACGCUCUAGGGCUACAUAGAAGUGAUAGUUUGGGGUCCCGACGCCUUUCCAAGCUCAACGCAGAACUAAAAAAAAAAAAAAAAAAAACAUUAAAAAAAUGAACCACAAGGUGGCGCAGGAGGAUUUCAAUUGGAAAGUACAACAGAAGCAAAAUUCUUAAGUGAAGUCUCACAUUAGCAGCAAAACUGAUUAUAAAGGAAAAACAGGAAUCCUAUCCCAUGUACAUGUUUCAAUUGAAGCGUAAUCUAGUAGAUUGGUAACAACAACAGGCAGUACAAGCAGACUGCUAUAACAGACACGGGUCCUAAAUUGCAUUACUGUCGACGCGCAGAAGCUUGGCACACCUGCCUAUAUUGAAGUCGACCUGUAUUUUGCAUUGAGCCACGUCCAUUUCCAGAAAUAUAGCCUAAGAAGGAAUCCAAACUAUUAAUCUAAAGCGCUAUUAUAUCAGUCAGCUUGCUACCGUCUUAGCACUACUGUGCAAUAACUGUGUUCAAAAUCCAUUGCUGUCAUUGCUGGUAACGCAGUUAAUGGAUCUGCUAAGGCUUUUAAAGUGGGGGCAACGAUCAAGCACGCACAUGUCACGAGGGAAUGUUUCUGUUAGAGAUCGGAUUUUCCUUGGGGACUGUCUUUGAAAACUGUUGGAAACCUCUCCUGUGUUCCAGAGCCUUCUUUCAGGUGUAGCAGAGAGUCGGGGCUGGCAGUGAGGGGGAGGCACUGUCUGUUUAUGCUGAGGAAAGACUUUCUAAGUCGGGGUGAGAGAUGAGGGAGGCUGGGGGAUGGUUCUGAUCCUAUUAUCCCUGCCCAGUUAAUCCCUGCCUAGGAUUGCUCAUACACAGUAACACAUAUCUGGUGAUCCAGAUCAGCCAGCUAGUCCCGGUGUCCCAGUCUCUGAGGUUCUGGUUCCCAGUCUCACCAUCAUGGAUAAGACGAUGCUGCUCAACAUGGAGGGAGUGAAGAAGACCAUUGUACACGGGGGCAGCGAUGACCUGCCCAGAUUCAUCACCGGCACAAAGGUGUCGUUCCAUUUCCGCACCAUGCUGUGUGAUGAGGAUCGCACGGUGCUGGAUGACAGUAAGAAGGUGGGGGUGCCGAUGGAGGUGGUGAUUGGGAACAUGUUCAAGCUGGAGAUCUGGGAGUCUCUGCUCUGCUCCAUGAGGGUCGGGGAGGUGGCUGAGUUCUUGUGUGAUGUCAUCCACACCGGCCUGUACCCUAUCGUUGCCAAGAGCCUGCGUCGCAUUGCAGAGGGCAAGGACCCGGUGGACUGGCACGUACACACCUGCGGCAUGGCCAACAUGUUUGCCUACCACAGCCUGGGCUACCCGGACCUGGACGAGCUGCAGAAAGAACCGCAGCCCCUCAUCUUCGUCCUGGAGCUGGUCAAGGUGGAACAACCCAACGAGUACAACAGAGAGUCAUGGGCCUUGAGUGAUGAGGAGAGGAUGAAGGCCGUACCAAUUCUUCACGGGGAGGGGAACAAGCUCUUCAAACUGGGGAGAUACGAGGCAGCGACCAACAAGUACAAAGAAGCCAUCAUCUGCCUUAAGAACAUACAGACCAAGGAGAAAGCGUGGGAGGUUCCUUGGCUUAAGCUGGAGAAGAUGGUCCACACUCUGACUCUCAACUACUGCCAGUGCCUGCUCAAGAUGGCUGAAUACUAUGAGGUUCUGGAGCACACCACUGACAUCAUCAACCACCACCCCGGGGUCCUGAAAGCCUACUUCAUGCGGGCCAAAGCUCACAUGGAGGUGUGGAACGAGGAGCAGGCCAAGGCAGACUUCCAGAAGGUCCUGGAGCUGGACCUGAGCAUGGCCAAGGUGGUGAGGAAGGAGCUGCAGAUCCUACACAUGAGGAUGGAGGAGAAGAGGGAUGAGGACAAGAUCACAUACAAGGGCAUGUUCUGACCCGUGACGC